AUGAGGGUGAUGGUCCUCUUGGGACCCACCCUGCUUGCAGCAUGGCUCAUUGUAUUCCUUAACUCCUCGUUGGUCCCGUGGGCUCUCCUGACCAGGCUGGUGUUGGCGCUGCCAGAGUAUGCGGCAGAACCUUCAUACCCCCCGCCCCCGCCGUGCCUACCUGCCGUGGCCGACGAAGCGAAGCCACCACCACACAGCGAAGGCGAGCCCCCCUUCAUCAAGGUCGAAGACCUGCGCGCUGCCUCCAACGUCAGUCGAGCUCCGGGCUGCCCACCCGAGGCCACCGGCCGCCUGUGCCGCCUGGAAGACGUGUUCGACGAGAUUCUCCUGAUCUCCCUGCCGCGCGCCACCGACCGGCUGGCCCGCGCUCGCCGCCAGCUGCGGGAGCUCGGGGUGCCCUACACGCUGGUCCACGCCGUCGACGCCCGGCUCAUGGCCGGCUCGGCUCACCUGGCCAAGGUCAUCAUGAAGGACCCGGUGGACCAGCACCCUGGCGUGCUCGGUCUCUACCUCACGCACCUGGGCCUCAUGGACUACGUGACCCGGUCGGCGGGCCUCGAGCGGGUGCUCAUUCUCGAAGACGACGUCACCUUCUGCGCCGACUUCCCGCGCGCCUUCGAUGCGCGCAUGCGUCGCAUGCCGAGCGACUGGCGCAUGCUGUGGCUCGGCGCGCUAGUCUUCGAAGCCACCUACUACAAGGACGCGCAGGCCCUGGACCACUUCAUCGACGCGGGGCUGGCCCGCCCGGCCUCAAUCGCCACCACCUGGGCCGUGGCGCUGCACCGCGAGGCGGCCGCCCUCAUGACCGAGAAGAUGAUCAUCUCGCAGAAGGCCAUGGACCAGCAGGGCUUUGCCGAUGGCGUGGUCAAGUGGCCCAACCAGACCGUGCUCAUGUGGCCGCCCGUGGCCGUGACCAACCCCUACUCGGGCUCGGGCCUGGGCCAUACGUGGCUCGUCACACCGUCGAUUUGGGCUAACGACAACGGCCUCGACCUGGCCAACUUCGACCUGGCGCGCGGCUACCACGUCGGCGGAGAACUGGGAAACGAUCUACGCUGCGUCGUCGGCCCCGACAGCGCGGAGGUGGAGGCCCCGUGGGCGUACCCGGAAGAGUUCGUCGUGCUCCGGGAGGUCAUGGUCAACAGCUCGGCCGAGUGCUGCGCCAAGUGCUCUACUGACUUCCCGCGGUGCCAGGCAUGGCUGUGGUACCCGCACACGACCAACCGCACCUGCGUGCUCUCCUCCAACCCAACAGCGCGGGUGCUCUCGGACGAGCCGGCCGCACCCACGGCCGUGUCGGGCCGCAUGGUGCAGGAGGACAGCGUGCCGCGCGUGCCCAACGUGGUCCACUUCUUUCCGCCUCGCCGCGACACCACCUCUGCCCGGCGGCGGCGGCUCGACGUGUGGAGCUACAUCUCUGUGCUCAGCGCCGCCAUCAACACCGAGCCCGACCACAUCCGAUGGUACCACAGCCUUGGUGGCGCUGGUGGUGGUGGCGGUUCGCUGCCGGAGGGUCCCUGGUGGGACGAGUGCACGCUGCCGCUCAUCUCCUCGCUACACCUUAUCGCGGACUCCACCACCGCCACCAGCGGGGAACAGAGGGAGGACGACGUGCGGCUCGGGGUGCUCAUCGACGAGGGCGGCAUCUUGCUCGACACCGACGCGCUCGUCGUGCGCUCGUUUGCGCCCUUGCGCGCUCGCCAAGCGGUCACGCUCGCCCGCGACGGCCUCGACCGCAAGCUGGCCGGCGUGGGCGUGGUGGUGGCGCCUCGCAACGCCAGCUUUCUCCAUCGGUGGCGGGCCAAGGCGCGCGAUCAGCACCUGGCGGACGACUACCAGUCCCAGGCCGUGGCGCUCCGGCUGGCCGAGCGGCACUCCGACGAGGCCAAGCUGCUGUCGCACGCGGCCUUCUAUCCGCGGUCGUACUCGCCGCACCACCUCAAGGUCGCUUACCAGGCCGACGACUGCGCGUCGGAGCACGAGUCGUUCUCGACAACCCCAAAACUGGCCAACUGA